CACUGGGAGAGUCUGCAGAGCUUUUUGCCACCAGCUCCUUCGGUCUUUGGCUCCUUGAGUGAGCCUGGUUGUUUGCAGUCACCGAGACCUGGGCUUCCCAACGGAGGGGGUUGGUCCGCACUUCCUGGGUCCCCGUGCCUCGCGGUGUGGCCCGGAUGGUGCGGCAGGCUCUGGCCUUCUAAAGCUCUGGAGCGGAAGGCGUUCGUGUUAGCAAGUCCCUUCGUCAUACCUGCCUAGUGUACUGAAGUGUCAGGACUGUGCAGAAGAUAUCUCAACACCUGGCAGAAUUCACAGUAUAAGUAUUAAUUUAAGAAGAUUUUGUUCACGUGCAUGGCCUAGAAGAUGAAUUCUUCCUCGUCCACCAUGAAUGAAGAGCCUGACGCUCUGUCGGUAGUAAACCAGCUACGGGAUCUAGCAGCAGACCCCUUAAAUAGAAGAGCCAUCGUUCAGGAUCAGGGAUGUCUGCCUGGCCUUAUUUUGUUUAUGGACCAUCCCAACCCCCCAGUCGUCCACUCAGCUUUGCUCGCUCUCCGGUACUUGGCAGAAUGCCGGGCAAACAGAGAAAAGAUGAAAGGCGAACUGGGUAUGAUGUUGAGCUUGCAAAAUGUCAUACAGAAGACUACAACUCCAGGAGAAACAAAACUUCUGGCCUCUGAAAUCUAUGACAUUCUUCAGUCAUCUAAUAUGGCAGAUGGUGACAGUUUCAAUGAAAUGAAUUCACGUCGAAGGAAAGCUCAGUUUUUUCUAGGAACUACAAACAAACGUGCCAAAACAGUGGUUUUGCAUAUAGAUGGUCUUGAUGAUACGACUCGGAGAAAUCUGUGUGAAGAGGCUUUGUUAAAAAUUAAAGGUGUUAUUAGCUUUACUUUCCAAAUGGCUGUUCAGAGAUGUGUGGUGCGAAUCCGUUCAGAUUUGAAAGCAGAGGCUUUGGCAUCAGCAAUAGCAUCAACCAAGGUUAUGAAAGCUCAGCAAGUUGUAAAAAGUGAAAGUGGAGAAGAGAUGCUGGUCCCAUUCCAAGAUACUCCUGUGGAAGUAGAACAGAACACAGAGCUGCCUGACUACCUGCCUGAGGAUGAGAGUCCUACAAAGGAGCAGGACAAAGCGGUGUCCAGGGUCGGCUCACACCCAGAGGGUGGAGCUAGCUGGCUGAGUACAGCUGCAAACUUUUUAUCCAGAUCUUUUUACUGGUGACUUCAAUUUGAGGCUGAAGGACUGUGUGAGCCAACAAAGGGCCAGUUUUCCAUUGUCGUGGUGAACUGUCAAGUGCAAUUUGCAAUAAGUUAUCAUGAAGAGUUUUUAGAUCACAUUAUUGCGUAUGCUGCAUUUUACAUUUUAUUGGACAUUUUACCCAAGUGUCUGGUACAAAGGACAGAGGCUACUGGUGGAGUCGUUUUGUUUAUGAAGGUAUUUUGGUUUUGUUUUCCUUUGUUUUAAUUGCCUCCCUUUUUUAGAAACAUGGGUCCAUUGUUAAAACCAAACAUGUAUGUGCAGCUUUACAUUUUAUUUUACAUGAAGCAUGUGAUUAGGAAGCCUGUUUUCUCCUCAAGCCUCAGGACCUAUCUGAAGAGAAGUUUUUUGGUAGCUCGAGUUGUGCAUGAAUUACUGAGCAUUUUCCUCUGCUUUCCUUCAUGAAAGUUACAUGCUUUGGUACUCUUCACUGAAAGUUGCAAACAUUCGUUACCCUCCUUUUGUGCCUUUUUUAUUUUGCCAACCAUGUUUAUAGAAAGAACAUUACAAAUGAUAUUUUGCAAACUAAAACAUAUUCAUUUGAACAUAGUCCCCUAAAAAUUCAAUUUAAUGGAAACUUUGCAGUCUUAUUUGUUACCGUGGUAAUAAGAUUAGCACAAAAUCAGCCUAGAAGAAGGGAACAUGUAUAUAAGCAAAGUGCUUUUGGAGACUAUUUGAAUGUGACCAAAUGUGGUUCUGGUUGACGACUGUUCACUUUGGUUUAUAUCAGCUCUUGAGAGUUCAGUCCACCGUGAUAUUUCGAGCAAUUGUAAGUGGUCUUUAGCCCUUAACUUGGUGAUUACACACUAUCUACUCCUUUCUUAGAAAAACAUAGUGGUAGGAAAGAACUGACAAACUUGAAAAAAGGAAAUAAAAAUUGAAUGCCUAUAAUGCCAUAGUGCCACUUUGGUGGAGUCUAACUUUAAAACACGAAUUGCUUGGCAGACACCUAUUCAGUAGGUGUUUUUUUUUGCAUUGCCUUUUAUGAAUUUAUUACGAAAAUGCUGCAGUUGUAUUGAAUGAAAAACAAAUCCAAAUUAUUGCUUAUCAAGAAUUAAAGCCAGCAUUGGUCGCCUACUCUUGUUUCUCAUGUCCAGCCAG